AAAUGGGACCGUGGAGGUAAUCCUUUUAACGUCGGUCGGCUGUUCCAUGAUUCCAUUCUAUUGCACUUGCAUUGAAUAAUAGCGCUCAGCUGCGGGCGUAGCCAAUUAUGGUCAGAGGGCGGUGACAUCCGUUGAUUACGCGAUCAGCCGCAGGUUUAGUACAUUCAGCGUAAAAUGGAAAGGUAGAGCGGACUGACCAAGUCGCUGUUUAAACUGCGCCCUCUCUAACGUAGUGUUUAUGGCAUAACAUGUGAAAGUGUGUAUACGUAAAUACCUUUACAUACUUGUGUAUGACAUAACUCAACGGACCUACAUACCUGCAAGAUGAAAACUUUCCAUCUCAUCCUGCUACCCUACUGUGGAGAAAGGGCUGAGACAUUUUACCGACACACUUGAGGAAAGACACUGGGACAGACGCAGGACACAGACAAGAGAGACAGAAGGCAGCUGGAAGGUGAUGCUUCAACAAAACGGUGUCAUCAGCAAGCUGCUUUUACUGGUCCUACACAUCACGACAAACUAUGCCUCACCUCUGUCAGCACCUUGGAAUGUUACCAUGGAGUCUGUGAAUAUGAGGCACCAGCUCCGGUGGAGUCCCCCGAGGGCAUCCUGUUCCACUCUACACUACUCAGUCCAGUUCCAAGGUGAGUGGGAGCUGCGCUAUAAGAAUGGGAGUUGGGAGGAGGCCAUGGAUUGUCAGUAUGUCCCGCAUACCGAGUGUGACCUGACCACCGACCUCGCCUCAGACUCCGACUACAACGUCCGUGUGAGGGCAGAGUGCAACGGGCAGGAUUCAGAGUGGACUACACUCAGUACUCCUUUCAACAGAAGAAACACAAUUAUUGCCAUCAUCAUGAAUGUAAAGGUGUCAGGAGAUGCUGUCCAGGUGGAUCUUGCCCCCCACUCCCCAGUGGCCAUGAUAGUCACUCUGACCAUAUGGGAACAAGGAGAAGAAGAUCUCAAUACCCCUAAGGAGGUGGUGAACAUUCAGCACCUCUUCCACAUAUUCCAGGGGUUAAGGCAAGGGGGCAACUACUGCCUACAGGCCCAGGCCACGGUGGAGGGCAGCAGCCGGAGCGGCAGCACUGACAUCCAGUGCGUCUCCAUUCCCAGACCCCAGGGGCCUUGGCUGAUCCCUGUAGUGGUAAGUUGUGCUUUGAUGGUAACCAUGGCUCUUGCAUGUCUACUGGGCUGGGCCAGCAAACAUAGGAGGUUGGUGAUGCAAAACACCUGCUUCCAUAAGGAGCCACUACCAUCUGUCCUGGUCGAUGACUGGCCAGUCACCACGCUCAUCUUAGAGGAACCGCAUGAGACCCUAGAGGUGGCAAUACUGCUGCAGUCUCCUCACCAAAAAGCCGACCAGGAGAAGCUCUGAUGCAAAUGACUGUGGCCUUCCCUUCGUCCAAGACCAGGGAUUCAAUUAAGCCGGGGCUGUUCGGGGGCUUAGCCCCGGCAAAUACACUCUUCAAUGUCAUUAGGGAACGCCCAAACUUACUACAUACAUCUUC